CGGAUGGGAUCGUCGUUCACGCCCCCCCCCCCCUCCCCCGGCAAGCACAACGAGACGACGGCGCUAGUCCCCUUCGGGGUGGCCUCCAGGCAGCAGCCUCCGCUGGGCUGAGGACGCCCACCGGCUGGCUCAACGGAGCGGUUUCUAAGCACCACCGCCCAUCCGUCCCCAUCCAUAUCACCGAAUGCCUCGCCUUGUUUGACCUCCAUCCUCUUCCAUCCCAUCACCAGUCCUCCUUUCGCCGACUUGACGCUCUCGCCGGCCGCCAUCCUUUCAUCGCGCCAUUCGAGAAAGACGUUUGGGUUUCGUCUGCGGGCUCUCCAGUACCUCUCGUUUUUCAUAGCCUGCUCGUUUCGUUUGGCAGCCUCUUCGUCGCCACGCAGCGUACGUCGUCACGUCUACGUUCCGUCGUUGCCGGGUUCCGCGCAUCGUUGCUUCGCCUCUUUCACAUAAAUCCGGUUUACGCCUCCCCCCUGCCGGCCUCUUCGCCGAACUCUACAAACCCCUCUCCACCCUCAAUCAAUCCGUGGUCUCUCGGCCGUCUUGCGCUUUCAAAACUGUUGCCGCGGCCUGCGUCGUGCAUCUCGCCAACAAGUCUUCGCACCUGUUGCCACGGCCCCCUCAGCUUUGGCCGUCUACGGCUUCUCGCUCGAGAUCAACCGGCCGUCCCGGACAGCUCGAUCCGCGCAGUUCUCCAGGACACACCCGUGGCCGGUCUUCUCUCCAUCUACCCCCACCCCCAUCCACUUGCUCCCGCAGCCGCCAUCAUGUCGCUUGCGAAUCCUCGUCGCCGCGCCCCGGUGACUCGUCCGGGAAGCGAGGGCGAUGCCACCCUUUCACUUAAGACUGGCAUGGCCCUCCGCAAAGGUGCCACCUUCCACUCUCCUCCCUCCCCCGCACCCAUGGCAUCGGACGACAAAUUCUCUCCGCCCCAGCUGCCUCGGUCACCAACCAACGUCGACGACAUCGUCGACGCCAACCGCCGCCGCGUGGCACUAGCCAUCGACGACAUCACCGAGACCUUGGCCAGGGCAGACAUCUCUGCCUCCUUGCCCAAGGCCGCCUCCAAGGCGACGCUGCGGGACACGAGCUCUCCUGUCCCCCGUGGUCUUCUCGGCCUCGACGGCCCCGAGCAGUACAUGGCCUCCAAGCCUGAUGCCGAGCGCCGGGUGCUGCGCCCGCGCUCCCUCCGUCGCACCCACCCUCAUGGGUCUGACAGCGGUCUCGGAAGUUCCAUCACCUCGGGUGAUGAGAAGGCAUCGACCAUGACAAAGGAAACCAAGGCCAGCCCGGCCCUCACUGGCUCCGCCGCAACCACGGCCAAGGCCGCUCUGCGCCCCCUAAGCCCCAAAGCAUAUCGGAGAGUUCACGAGCACAUCCUCACGCCUCUGCUCGGCGAGCCGACUUUCAAAGAAUUCAGACCCCUCGUGCUCGACGUACCGCGUCGCAUCAGGUCCAAGGACAUAAUUUGCCUUCGUGACCUAGAGAAGACUCUUAUUUUCAUGGCUCCAACCAAAGCGCCUUCUCUCUACCUCGACUUCUGCCUUACGUCUAUCCGCUGCAUCCAAGCGACAGUCGAGCUUUUCUCGGACCGCGAGCAGACUCGACCCAGCGACCGCCCUUACACUAACGGAUACUUCAUCGAUCUCAAGGACCAAAUUCUGGAGUACGGUAGGCAGCUCUACGCCGCCAAGAACAAGACCGGAUCCCUCGAGGACGACGACGUUGACAAAACGGACGAGAUCAAGCUGUACGGUGGAGUUGCCGACAACGGCCGCCCCGCAGAGCUCGUUCGCGUCAAGAAGGACGGAACAGUCAUCUCUCUCGCUACCGGGAAGACGAUCGAUAUGGAAGAAUCCGCCGUCAAGAUCAAGCGAUCCCACAGCGAGCAGCUCGAGGACCAGGAGGAAAUCAUGCGCUCCAUGGCGCGCCGCAAGAAGAACGCCACUCCAGAGGAGCUGGCUCCCAAGAUGUGCCCACACCCGGGCUGCGGCAAGAUGUUCAAGCGUCCUUGCGAUCUCACCAAGCACGAGAAGACGCACUCGCGUCCUUGGAAGUGCCCCAUCGCCACGUGCAAGUACCACGAGUUUGGCUGGCCCACGGAGAAGGAGAUGGAUCGCCAUGUCAACGACAAACACUCCAACGCACCGGCCAUGUACGAGUGCAAGUUCCCUCCGUGCCCCUAUAAGUCGAAGCGCGAGUCGAACUGCAAGCAGCACAUGGAGAAGGCCCACGGCUGGACCUACAAGCGCACCAAGACCAACGGCAAGAAGAUGCCCGGCGGCGCUGCCAGCGACAACGCGCAGCACACGCCCUCUCUCCACAACUCGUCCACCCCUUCCACAACUCCCUCUUAUGGCAUGCAAACUCCGCCCGACAUGACGUCGCUCGACUACCCCAACAUGUCCAAUCAGGACUGGUUCAACAACUCCAACGGCUUCGACAUGCAGACGAACAGCGCUGAAGCCAUGGACAUUUCCAUGGACCUCCGCUCGCCCGCGUCAGCUGCCUCGUACGAGCAGUACCCCCCCUACCAGAACGGAUCCACGUUCAUCAUGCCCAACGAGGAAGACAUCUAUGCGGCGCAGGCCCAGUUUGGACAGGGAUCCGAGAUGCAGCUGCCGCUCGAGAUCCAGAAUCUUCUCGGCGCCAAGCUGCUACCACAGAAUCUGCCCAUCUACCGCGCGCAGCAUAUUCCUCAGACUGCGCCCGCCCCGCAGGCCCAGGCCAUGCCGGCUCACUUCUCUCCAUCUGCGCAGCAGAACGCCAUGCUUUAUACCCCCGACUCUCAGCAGGCGUCUGAUGAGGGAUUCGACGACCCUUUUGCCACCGGCUGCGCCGAUUUCACGCUUUUCUCUGGCCAGCACGGCAAAGGUCAGGUCAAUGUCCAGCAGCCGCUCUUUGGUGAAGUCACGGCCGAGGUACCUAGUGCAGGCUUGGGCUUCUCUCAGACGUCCCAGCCGGACAUGCUGAACCAGGUUGACUGGUACUCAUUCGAUACCGUGCCCUUCCCGGGUUAGGUAAAUGUCGAGCGCUUUGUGCGUUGCUCGUGUGGCGACGUCAUAUCUUGUUCUUGACGUCACGAAGAUUUCACGAUUUCGAUGAAGAGGACACUCAUCCCACGCAGAGAGAACAAGGGAGAGUUCCUCGUGUAUUACAACAUUUUGUGCUUGGUUCCGGGCGUUUAUUCAUCCUUUCCUACUUCCCUCAGAGAUACACGGAACAUCUCGCUAGUAACGAACUAUUAUGAGGUCUGAAGUUGCAGAAUGAUGGGAUGAUGGGUGGUAUUAUUGGAAACUGAUGCGGGCUCUUCCAGUCCCCGUCGCGAUUUUUCUGGGCUUUCCUCGGAUGGAAUUUGGGCAGCAAUAUCUUCACCGUCCAUCACGCUUAGACAAUAGAAGAUUGACCACCGAUCAUUUACGG